UUUAAAUAUGUAUGUAAAUUUUGUACCAGUAUUCACGCUAAAAAGUCAUGUCUAAUGUAAUGACUGUACAAAUAAUAAAAAGAACGGCGCCCUUAAUCAACAAAAAGUGAUAGUGAUAGCAUCUAAAUAUUUGACUGUGGUGAUGACCAUGCCCAUAGUAUUAUGUGGAAAUUGUGUUAAUUUGCUUAAAAAACACAUUUUCAUCUAUAUAUUGCUCAAAAUCACCUACGAAAAUACUUCUUAAAAAAAAACAAUAAACCAAAAAGGAGCGCAACACGGCGAUAACCGCCUUAUCAAAUGCAAACAAAAACGAAAUGGCUGCGAUAACGAUGUUAUCUGAAUAUUUUGCAACAGACUUUUAUCUACUAAUAUACGAGCGCUGUUGUGCUACGAAGCGUCGACACUACCAGGAGAAGAAGGUGCAUUUGAUUUAGUCUGGAAGAGAGAAGCCUUCAAGUAACUGCUUACAGUUUCGCGGUAAAAAUAAUAACGCUGUUUGCAUAGAGAAGUUUGAAAAGAAGUGACUCAUUGGAGCGGCCAAUUCACAUAAGUUUAUACUUACAAUAAAUACAUACAUACAUACUCAAGGUGGCAUUCCAAUUCAAACAAAAAAAGAAGUGACUUUUUAAUUUCGAUUGCAUUAAGAAAUUUGUGAUAUUUAUUACGAAAUGUGUUAAAAACAAAAUUACUCAUUUGGGUUUAAAUCUAGCAACAAUACAGCACUGAACAUGGAUUAUAAGUAUCUGUUAUUGGUUCUUUCUUUAUCGGUUAUACUAAUACUCUCUACUGCCCAACACGAAAAUAUACCCUACGAGGAUGUGCCAGAUAUUUGUGCGAAAUGUGUGUGCUUAACAGCACAUGACACUGAUAAACGCUACCACCACUUGUUAAGUUGUACUUCAAAGAAAUUUCAGCAUAUUUUAGCGCGAUGGCCAGAGGAAUUUGGCAAGAAGCACGACAAUGUGGAUAUUGUGGCCACUUUCUCGGGCAAUAAUAUAGAGCUGCUGCAGCAGUUGCCAGCCACAAACGCCACACUGACUUUUUCAUGUCGCCAUUGUGGCAUCAAGUACCUGCAGGCGCCCACUUUCAUGGAUGUGCCUUUCAUACGCAGACUGGAUUUGAGUUGGAAUGAAAUUGCUAGCGAUGAGCUGACGCCCGAUGUAUUUCGUGGUCCAUAUCGGGUGAUGCAUUAUGAACCCAUAGCAUUGGUUGACUUGGAUUUGAGCCAUAAUCGGCUGCAUGCACUGGAUCGGAAAAUCUUCGAACACACAGCAAAUUUAACAAAAUUAAAUUUGAGCUACAAUCAAUUUAGGGUUUUGAAUGCGCCAACGAUUUCGGCGUUGUCAUCGGCGACGGAGUUGCAGGAACUUGAUUUGUCCCACACUGCCAUUAAAUCAUUGUCGGCUGCAAUUUUCAAAUCAUUAGUUAAUUUGCGCAUAUUGAAUUUGUCUGGAAAUGAUUUGACCAUCGUGCCGGAUAAGCUGCAAUUAAUUGGCAGAAGUCUCGUGUCUUUGAAUUUGGCGCAAAAUCCCAUUGCACGUUUUACGGAGGAGAGUUUUAUUGGGCUGAAAUCACUGCAGCGGCUAAAUAUCAGUUAUAUGCCGGUACUGAAAACUAUAGGUAAAAGUGUAUUCACACGCUUGGAAACGCUAAAACGACUGGACUGUUCACAUAACCCGAAAUUGGUUGAAUUCGAUUUGGAGAGUCUUACUCAUAGCAGUAAUCUGACAAAUUUCGAUAUUUCGUAUUGUGCUCUGACUACGAUUUCUCUAUUCAUGAAUGUGACGCAAGAAUCGCAUACGGACAUAGCAACGCUCGCCAAACCAUGGCCACAUUUGCAUACAUUCCAAAGCAUUGGUAACCCUUGGUACUGCGAUUGCGAUCUGAUUCAAACAAUGGAAUACAUUGGCGCAGAAGGGGAUACAAAUAUCAAUCAGCCGCGUUGUGAUACACCUUACUUCCUCGCAGGUGCACUCGUGUCCAAUUUGUCUUCACAGUAUAUAUGCAACCUGAAAAUUCCUAAGCAGUACAAAGCCAUCCUUGAGGAGCCGCCACGUUUUCUGCGAAAACGCUACAUAAUAUUGACCGUCAUCGUAGCGGCUGUAGUGAUAUCGGUCGGUGUUAUGCUUGGCUUUGCGAUCGCUGCCAUACGCCGGCGACUAAAACGUGAUGACUUCGGCGUUGAACCAAUACGCUACACGAGUGUGCGCAGUAGUAAUUUGUCCGCAUUUUCUCAAGGAAAUACCAAUUCGAUAAUUGUGAAUGGCAAUGGAGUGGCGAACGCCAGUGCAUGACUGUAGUAUAAAUGCGUAAAUAUAAAUACUUGCAAAUUUUGCGUAUUUACUAUCCUAAUUUAUAGUGUACAUUAAGUAUUUACUACAAUUUUCUUUUAGUUAAGUGCCUUUUUAUUUUUAUAAAUAAUUAAGGUUUAUAAGUAUGUAUAGUUCAGAUGCUAAAAUGUUUUUGUAUAUUUUUGAAAUUUUGCAAAUGAAUGCCUUUUGGGUGCCUCCUGUGUCACUACUCAUAAUUAGAGUAUGGAUAUUUUUACUACCAAAGAUGUAAUAUGUGUAUGUAUAGUUUGUACAGUAUUUUAAAAUGUUAAAUGAAAUAUUUGAAAGUUUUUGAAAAUAAUAAUUUAUUUAUUGCUCUUGUAUUACACAACGUUGCACAUAAGAAUUGCCAUUUGUGGUAUGUUUGUGUACUUAACUAUGUAAGAAUAGAAUAAGAAAAUAUUUUUAAAGUUUUAACAAGUUUACAAUUUUAAAAUAAAUCCAACCAAGAAAUUAAUUUAUCAAAAACGGUAUUUUUAAUCAAUAACAGCAAAUAUAAUUAUCGUCUAAUGUAGGUUUGAAUUUUGUGAAAACGAUUUAGUGAUUUUUUAUAAUAAAAUUUGCCAAAAUUCAAAGUUGGUUAAUGUUUUAUGUAGAAACAUAAUACAUAUCCAUUAUAUUUUCUUAAAGAAAGUAGGAACAAAUCUUAUGAAUGCCAAGUACUUAAAUCACUUGGAACAUAACUAAAAAACACACUUUGAACAAAAAUCAUUUUCUUUGCUUUUUUAUUUGUAAUUAAUGGGCGGCCGCUGGAGCCGAGUGGAUAGACACACGCACUACCACUCAAAGUUCGAACCCCAGUCUUUUUCUAACAGCUGUUAUGUUAUCAAAAAGCAUACCACAAACAGUUAACAAAAAUGUGAUCGCCAAAUAUGUAUUUGUAAUGAAUUUAUUCUUAAGGAGCUUUAUUCAAUUUGGUAACGCUAUGACAUUACAAUAAAAGGCAUUAAGAUUAAAGCUACCUCCGCUUUUUGUGCUAAAAAAGUAUACACAAAAGUGUAGUUAAUCGAUUUUAAGGCAUAGUUUAUGUUGGCGGAACCGGAUUAAAUGUGCAGACAUAAGCUCUCAUUACAGUGGCCACACCCAAAUGUGAAUGAAAGCCGUAUUUUCGUUUACGAAAGCAAUGUUUAAAUUUAGUGGUAUAUAAAAGAAGUUCACAUACUCUUGCAACGUGAGAGUAGAGUUUAAAA